AUGCCUCCUCGGCGUGGAUCUCGAAAGUCUAAUGCUUCCGGAGCGAACGAUACCUUAGCGUCUGGCUCACAGGAGGUACUCCCGCACGAUGUCGGAAUCCAAAUAUUCGAUGCUCUUGCAUCUUGGACAUCAGGAGGUGAAGAUACUAUCAAACAGUUAAUCGAUGACCAGCUACGACAAGCUUCCUCAUCAUCUACCACGCUCGAUUCGAUACCCCUCUCCAACACUUUCGUCGGUCUGUUCUUGUCCGAAUUGGAAGCUGGUGUGUUGGCGGAUUUCAUCACAAAGGUGUUUGAGGAAUUGGACGAGAAUCAGGUGGAGGUGCUGGGCGAGGCCCUUGUGGAUGUCGUGGAGAUGCUAGAGCAAGAAAGAGAGGAUAGAGAGGAAGAAAGGAAACCGAAAGAAGAUACAGAAAUGGCCGAAGCGGAAGAAAAGCCAAAGAUCUCUUCAGGCCUUCCAGUCGUAAAACUUCUUUUAGAGAACCAUAAACUUCCAACUCACAUAGCCAAUCUUCUGUUAAAUCCCGAUCGACUAGUGGAUCUCGGCUUACACCCCUUCCCUCGUCAACCAAGAGCACUGCAGAGUGCAUUGGUCAAGAAGAAUACUACUUUAUUCUUCAAGCAGAGGAAAUACAACCUGAUGAGAGAAUGUUCCGAGGGAUUCUCAGGUCUUAUAGUCCUACUUACAGGUCCGGACGCGCUACCCUAUUCAGUUGAAGAAACGUUAGCGGAGAGUGAGGUAGACAGAAAAGCAAGAGCCAAAAGGGUUUGGUCGAAGAUUAUGGGGUUGAUAGGUUAUUUCAAUCUAUCACCACCACGAGUCUUAGAUAUUAUCCUUGAAAUUGCUAGUUGUCACGUAGCUGUACAUUGGAGGUUCUUCUUGGACCUGCUGAAACGUUCUCCAUGGGGCAAUGCAGCUAUAGGCGUGAAUGCGAAAGGCAAAGGUAAAGCUGUGGCAUCAUGGCCAGAGAACGAGCUGGAUAGCAUCGGAGAUGCUUUAAACGCGGGUGGUGAUCGCGUGCUUGCUCAGGUAUUGGGAUUCAAAUUUGGUUUCUAUAAAAAAGCGGAAGGAGGGGAUACACCUAUGGGUCUCACCUAUAUGGCCGCUCUUCUGAUCAAACAUGGCUUCGUCAGCCUAGCCGACCUCUUACCCUUCCUCUCGCCGGAUGACACUCAGAUGGAGGAGAUCAGGAAAAAAUGGCACUCAUCUGUCAGCUCUCGUUCUGGACCUUCGAACGCACUGUCAAAUUCGGUCCUACUAGAUGACGACGCACCUGCAGCAUCAACGUCGAAAGAAGCUGAAUCAGGUGGUCCUCCACCUAAACCUCCUCCAGAACAGCGAAUACAUCUCGCUCAAGCACUUCUGGCCAUUGGCGAUUUACCUUCGGCACUGUACUUCCUCGCGCGAUUCCCUUGGAUAGCUCAGAGUCAUACUGCCAUUGCUGAUCUCAUACUGCGGACUGUUUCGUAUGCUUUAAAAGACCUAUAUCGAUCUUAUACCUCACCUACAGUCGACAACGAAGGAGAAGAUCUCGAUAUGACCGUCAAUGCACCCAACGCCCCGCCUAAUACGAAAGAACUGGUACCAACACUGCACUCACCCCCUCCACCCGAGACUAGCCUGAAGCGGUUUGAGUUCUUUUAUCAUGACUGGCGGGAACAAAUGGAAGUGUGGACAACGGUCGAUGAUAUACAUUCAAAAGGUCUUCGAUGGUUGUCCCUGAUCCGUGGUUUAGGAGGAAGAGAUGCGUCGAUCAUGGUCAAGAUAUGUCGAAUCGGGGUAGCUUAUUUCGCUGCAUUGAAGAAGGAAAAGGAAGCGAGUCUGGAUUUGGUGGACUCGGUGGAUCGAUCUGUCGCUCUAGAGGAGAUGAACCCGUGGCUUGAUAUAAUACGUAUAUCCCUAUUACCUUCUCUUUCUUGCUCCGAUGCCACUGCCGCUUUCGACAUCGAAUUAUGGUCACUUCUCAGCUUCUUGCCUUAUACCGUUCGAUAUAAUCUAUAUGGCGAAUGGCGGGAUAGUACAUGUAGUUUCAAGGGCAAGAGUCCAUGUCUUGUUGCGGCUCAUGCUGCGGGUGAAUGUACGAAGGAAGUUCAGAAGGCUCUACGAAGAGUCACCUCCUCUUCGACCAGUGGUUCGGCCUCCGCGGCUACUCAAGCGGAAAGACAUUCUGCUCGAUCAUUGGCCAAGCUCAGUCAUGGCAAUCCGCUUUUCCUCUGGACCACAGCUGUCACUCAAGUGAAGGCAUACCCCAACAUCGGUCAAGCUAUCGUUGAUGCCGGUCGAUACAUGACACAACUAUCAUUCGAUGUAGCUACUUUCGUUAUGCUGGAUACUCUAUCUGAUGAUAGGGCUCAGCGGUUGAACGAAACGGGUACUGGUGUCGCAUUAUGGUUAGAGCGAUUAUCAAAAUUCGUUGGUGACUUCAAUCGUCGAUAUACUAAUAUGGAUCUCGGACCGGUGUUACAAUACAUCAUCAACCGACUUAUGCGGGGUCAAUCAGGCGAUUUGAUCAUACUGGAGAAAUUGAUGAGUACUAUGUCUGGUAUAGAGCCUGUACCCAAUGACGGUGUUUCCGAUACCCAACUCCAAGCUUAUGGAGGAGGGAAAGAAAUGGUUCGGGAGGCUUUCAACGCUACUAGAAUUCAGAUUGCUCCUCCACCUGAACCUGGAACGGAUAAGCCGAAGGAAGCCCCUGUAGACAAGCUGAAAAACAUCAAGAAAUCCUUACCGAGACUAGUCAAUGCUCUCAGAGAUACUAGACUGGCUAUACCGAUUUGGAUCGCUCUGGCUCAGACGAGACAAGCGGUGGUUGACAAAUUGGCCAACACUCCUAUAAAAGCUAUGAACUUGGUUCAAGAUACAUGUCACACUGCAUUUAUGCAAUUUGGCGACUUCCUGGUGGAACAGCUAUCAUCGGAAGAACAGUUAUCGGGUACACCCAAUCUACAAGAACUAGUGAAUGAUUUCGGUCUUGAAUACGGUAUAGCAUUCCAGAUACUGCGACCACGACUCAAUGCGGAACUGGAACGAGCGAAAGCAGAACGUGAUGCCGAUGUGAAGAAGCGAUUGGAAGCGGAGAGAAAGGCUGGAAUUGCGGUAGAGAAACUGAACUCUCCCGCCAUAAACGCCAAUGCCCUUCCUGCUUCACCCAUGAGUGCCACCCCGCAAGUUGACGGCGAAGAUGUAGUCAUGGAUGAGGUGAAAGUGGAACAUGUGAAUGGGGAUGCUGUUCCCACAACAAAGGCUGGCACCAAACCCAAACCAUGGUGGCCUGCUGCCUUGACCCUCACGAUGGACCAGGCUGAGUCACUUCUGCCUGCAGGAGUUAAGGACGAAUUGAGCGCUCAGUUCUUCGUGAUCUUCUGGCACCUCACCGUGCAGGAUAUUGCAUACUCUGCUGAAUCGUAUGACGAAGCGAUCAAAUCGAUCAAUCGAAAUAUAUCGGUCGUAUCUGGUUGGCGAGUCAUGGUGAAAGACAAAGUCGCUGUUGCGGAACAACAAGCGGAAUUGACUAGAUUGAAGAACAGAGUGGCUGUUUUGCAGAAAGAAAAGGAAGCUCAUGGGAAGGAGGUGAAUGCCGUGGUCAAGAGAAGGCUGAAAGCCGAGUCUAGCAAAUGGUUUGGCGAUUCCAAAGGCGGGAAAGUAAACCCGGUUCAGCUCGCGGGCAAAUUACAUCAAUACUGUUUCUACCCUCGAGCAAUCUUAUCACCCUGCGAUGCAGUAUUCGUCGCGAAGUUCAUUCGAAUGGCUCAUGAUCUCGGUACGCCCGGGUUUUCGACGCUGUUCGCCUACAACAACUUCUUCAAUGACAAUCUGGCGGGAUGUAUAUUCUCGUGUACAGACAGUGAGGCUCGUAAUCUUGGACGAUGUCUCGCAGCUAUCUUGACGGAUUUAGACGCUUGGCACAGGGAUGAAAAGAAGUACAGAACUGAAGCGCUAGGUUUGCCCGAAACCUCCAAAGAAGGAUCUGAACCCGAAUCUUUACCUGGAAUGCUGUUCAGAAGGAAAAGUACAGACCCACUUAAGCCGAUGAGAUGGGAAGAUUUCAGAAGCUAUUAUUACAAGUGUCAUACUGUCCUUACAAGAGCAUUGACAUCAUGUUGGGCGGAAGCGGAAUUCAUGCAUAACAAGAAUGCUAUCAUCGUUGCCCUUCAGAUCAUCAAAUUCUUCCCUGUAUUAGACACACACGGUAAAUCCGUUGAGGAUGCUGUCAAGAAAUUGCAGAGCGGUGCAAACGGAGAGAUCACUAAUGAUCUCAAGAUGAUGUGUCUUUCGUUCUUGUCCGGUCUGAAGAAACGACAAGAAAUUAGACCGUAUAUUCCACUUGCCAAAUUCAAUCCUAACAAUCAACGUCUCGCUCAAGCCGCUCAAGCCAAAAACGUACCUACCGGACCUCGAGGAACUGAUAGUCCCGCUACCAAUGGUGGAUCUACACCACAAGCUGCUACCACUGGCGGCAACACACCUGUACCAACAGCACCUAUCGUCACUGAUCGGGAGAAAAUACGUCAGAAAUUGGAGGAAAGUAGAUCCAAGUCUUCUGCUAGUGCUAUUCCACCAGCUGUCAAAGACGAAAUCAAACAUAGGGGCACACCCGAACCUGCUACUUCAAGCCCCAGAGCAUCUACGCCAGUUGCCUCACGUGCAGCGUCUCCUGUGAGACCCGCUUCGCCUCCUGCUGCACCUCGGCACACCCGAGCUUCAGCCGCUCCCACCGGCCCUGCCUCUACUACUCGAUCCGUUUCUGACGGACGCAAUGGACCUACACCUACAGGACCCGCCGCGCGUAUUGCCAGCGGAGCAUCAUCGACAGCCACUAUGGGUCCACCCUCGGAUCUCUCGGUCGACGAAGCCCGUGCAGCUGCCCGUGCCAAGAAAUUCGGUAUCAAACGACCUGCGCCUCCCCCUUCUUCAUCCUCCCCUGCACCUACCCCUGCACCUGCCGUGCCAUCCGCCCCUCAGCAGUCAGUAGAGCCGGCUAAACCCAAAUCGCCCACCCCGUCCUCCUCUAGACGAGCUUCACCUGCUCCAGCUUCUAGAACACAUAGGAGUGGCAGUGUCGAAUCGAAAGCUAGUGUCGGAUCUAGAAGAUCAUCGCGAAGAGAUAGAGACGAUCGAGAUAAGGAUAGGGAUCGUGAACGCGAGCGAGACAGAGAUAGGGACAGGGACAGAGAUAGGAGGAGACGAGAUGAUAGAGACCGAGAAAGGGACAAGGAAAAGCCACGUGAAGUUGCGACAGCUGUCACGGACGAAGAUAAAGACAGGAAGAAACAGGAAGAUUUACUUCAAGCUAGACAUGAUAGACUGGCUGAUGAUCGAAGGGAAUCGAGACGCGGUUCUAGGGAUACCAUUCAUCGAAGAGAAGAUGAUAAGAAGAGUAGUAGCAGUACUAGAGAAACGAAAGAACGUAGUGCGAAAGACAGAGAUGAUCGUGGGGAGAAGAGGAAGAGGGAUGAGGAACCUAGAAGAAUCGAUGAGCCUCCUAAUGCCAGGAGGGAUGGGGCGCGUGAGCGGGAAAGAGAAAGAGAAAGGGAUAGAAGGCACGAUGAUAGAGAAAGAGAUAGGGAAAGAAGGGAAAGAGAUCAUACUAGAGAUGAUCGUGAGAGAGAUAGGGAUAGACGAGGUGAACCCAGGAGUAGAGAUACUCGACCACCUCCCCGAGAACCAAGUAAUCGAAGAAGUCCUCCACCCUCUGUACCUUCUGCACCUACUAUUGGAAAUGGCAACACGGCUGCUAGCGGUGAUCGAACACCUAAAAGGGAUAAAGCUGCUCCAAGGGAAUUACUUCCACCGCCCCCUGUUCCGAAAACGGAAACCCAAGCGGAUAGGAUAGUGGAAGCACCUCGACAAACUCGAUCUUCAGUCCCACCUUCAUCUACGACCACCACUACCACCACCACCACAACCAACAGAUUGGCGCAUGCUCUCCCACCUCGUCCUGGACCGGGCACAAGCUCAUCCGCACCGACCAGCAGUGGUAGAGCACCAAGUCUUGCUCAGAGAAUGGGACCUACCCCUACGCAGUCAGAUAGAGAACGGAGGGUAUCGCCCUCUCGUCCCAGAUCCAAUGAAAAUUCACAUGCUCAAGCUCACACGAGGGAUGAAGGGUAUAGUGAUUCUCGGAAGAGAGCUUUGGAGGAUUCGAGUACUCAGACGAGAGAGGAGAGUCCUGGAGCAUCGAAAAGGGUGAAGAUUGAUAGAGAACGUGCGAGGGGAGGUAGUAGUGGAGGUGGAAGAAGGGAAGGUGGACCGGGUGGUCCUGGUGGAAGGUUGUUUGAAAGUGCCAUGGGAGGAGCGAGGGAUAAGUAG